AUGGAGUCGGAAACAAGGAAGAAAAAUGCUUCGCCGAGGAUCCAGAGGAGGGCACCUGUUUCUAGUGCCAGCCCGGUCCCACCCCGAAAACACGUCUAUUUCGGCGGCUUUUCCCCGAACGCGCGAACGAACCCGGAAUUCGAGGAGGUAGAAGCUCGAUUCCCUCCGGCUGUCCCGGGCAGCAAUCCUGUCACCAGUCAACAGUAUAGUAUGCACUACGCCUCGCAAGACGAUUUACGGCGACGGAAUGAUGCCGAUUUCUCGGAUUCGCUGGCCAGGCAAAAUCGUGUGAAUCGCCAUGUGACGCAUGUGACGAUCAGGGAGCCGCCGUCCCCAUCCCGAUCGAGCGAACGCCGCGACGCCUACGGUGUUAAUGGAUACGUAGAAAGAGCUGAUGAAGCGAUGGAUCCGCGGUUACCCCAGGCUACUUCUUCCGCUGCGCAGUUGUAUGUUUUCAACCAUCCAAACGGGCCAAAUCAGCCAGAUGACCACAAGGCGAUUUUUGGCUACUCGGUCCCUUUAAGUUCGAUUCUGUUGAUUCAAGGGAUUGUUCAUUUGGUCGUUAUUUGCAGAUCAGAAGAGGCAGAGAAUCGCCACCGAUCGAAAUCGCUGACCGAUUUGAUGGCCAAUGGCGAGCCCCAUCCCGUCAAG